UUCAAAUUUCCCAAAUCGAACCCAAACCCUAAUCCCGAAUAGGGAAUAACGCCAUCAACACUUCUUCUGUCUGACAAAAGACUCACCUCCAUCGUAAAUCGGAGAUUUUGAAAAAACCAAAAGAAAAAAAAAUGGAAGAGAUAACAGAUGGAGUAAACGACAUUAACAUCAAUAAUAGUAAUAAUGAUCUUCAAAAGAAGAAUCGCAUUCAAGUUUCCAAUACUAAAAAGCCUCUCUUCUUCUACGUCAACCUCGCCAAGAGGUACAUGCAGCAGCACAAUGAGGUGGAGCUUUCGGCCCUUGGGAUGGCAAUUGCUACAGUUGUUUCGGUUGCAGAAAUUCUGAAGAACAAUGGCCUGGCUGUUGAAAAGAGAAUAGUGACAUCAACUGUGGAGAUAAAGGAUGAUUCCAGGGGGCGACCUGUUCAAAAGGCUAAGAUUGAGAUAGUGCUGGGGAAGUCGGCAAAAUUUGAUGAGUUGAUGGCUGCUUCGCAAGAGGAGAGGGAGAACGAAGGGAAAGUGGGGCAGUCUGGAAAUGUGGAGGAACAGAGCUGAUAAGAUAAUGGCUGUGUCUCUUUUUUUUUUUUUUUUUUUGGGUUCAUUAAAGCUGCAGGAAUCAAUCAAUUUUUGUUUUUUUUUUUUUGGUAGAACUGUAAGACAUUUUUCAAUAGCUAACAAGGCUGUCUUCUUUAGUUUUUUCGUUACAUUUUCAGGCUUUUAUUUCCAUUGAGAUGUCAAUUAGUUGAACGCAUCUUUUUCUUAAGUUUCUGGUGCUCAAUGUUUCAUUUCAAUUUUGGGAUGUACCUUUCCAGAAUUGAUGAGACGUUAACCACUUUGUUUGACAUAGAGUUUGUUCAUUCUCGAUUA